CGCAGAGUGAUUACAUUUCUAUUUGUUUAGCCAAACACAAUAAUCUUGUGUACUCAAGUACAUGAAUGUAUUUCUCAUGAAUAAUGAAUUCAUUUCUGUUAUCAAUAAAGUUUCCACAUAUUGAUGUCAUUACUUUCAUUGAACUCUCUAAGGGGAAGAAUAAUGAUGGUGGACAAGGACAAAGACAAGGAAAUCAAGGUGAAGAAGGGUCAAACGAACAGAACCCAGGGGGGACCAUUGUGUUGGGGGUAUACAUCCAUUGCCAAGGUUGUGCAGACACGGUCAAAGGCUCACUCAUUGGCUUCGAUGGAGUGGAAUCAAUUCAAGUUGAUGAGAAGAAUCACCGAGCAAUUGUUAAAGGGAAGAAAGCAGAUCCUAUAAAGGUUACAGAAAGGUUAAGGAAGAAAAGUGGGAAACAUGUAGAGCUGAUUUCACCUAUUCCCAAGCCCAAGAAACAAGAGAACAAAGAACCUAAAAAAGAAGAGAAGAAGGUGAUUGAGGUUAUAUUGAAAAUAUAUAUGCACUGUGAAAGCUGUGCUAAGGAAGUGAAGCAAUGCAUCCACAAAUUAGAAGAAUGAUACUCCGUAUAAAGAACGUAUUUUGAAGGGUUUAUUUUUGUAAAGACUACCAUCAUUGGAGGAACAAAAGUGAAGAGUAUAAAGCUGGUAGCUUACUUUUAAGAUGUUGUAGGAUACUGUUUUUCAAUAAAGAGCUUCAUUACCAAACAAAACCUAUGACUUUUGUGUAGUAAUCCUCAUCCCAAAUAAAGUGGGAUAUGGCACUAAUACUUUGAUGAUUU